AUGAUUUCUUUUGUCCAUACCUCCAUAGGUGAUCCAGACAGAGGCAGAACCAAGAUGUAUAAGUUGGCAGUGAUGGGAACCUUUUGUGUGGGCAAGAGUGCACUGACCAUUCAGUUUGUUAAGAAUCGUUUUUUGACCGAGUAUAACCCCACAAUCCAAGAUUCCUACUGUAAGCAAAUAGUGGUGGCAGAAGAGCUGUGCCAACUGGACAUUAUGGAUACCACAGGCAUUGAAGCGUUUUGCCCUAUGAGGGACAAGUCCAUACGCUGGGGAGAGGGCUUCCUCUUGGUCUAUGCGGUGAAUGACCCCCACUCUUUCGAGAAUGUGAAUGUCAUCUGGAACCGUCUGCAGAUCUUCAAAGGCACCAAGCCUGUACCUGUGGUGUUGGUGGCCAACAAAGUAGACGUGACCGACAGGCUGGUGGACCCCACACGGGGCCAGGAGGUGGCCAGGAGAUUCGGGGUCCCUUAUGUGGAGACAUCAGCCAAGACUGGGCAAGGUGUGGAACAAGCCUUCCAUGAGCUCAUUGGUGAAAUUCGUAGAAUGAGAGCUGAGAAGGAGCUCAAGAGUGACCUUAAUACUGAGCAGAGGGAGGUCUGUGGGUGCAAGUGUUGCACCGUCCAGUGAGCAGGUACACUCUUACCCUGAUCCUGCCCCCUAAUUCACCCUCUCACCUGGCCAAGAAUACCUCCAAAUCCACUAGCCACUCCUCAGCCUUUAAGACCUUCAUCUGGAUCCUUCCUUCUGCCUGCUUUUCACUGCCAAGCCCUUUGGGACCUUAUCAGGAUUUCUCCAGGAGCCUCUUGACCCCUGUGUUUCUCCCUUAAGGCCUUUUUGUAUUUUUGCUUUUGUUUCCCCUUGUGAGCAGGAAUGACUACCUCAGUGCUUGGGUAUUCCCACCAGGCAAGAAACGACUCCAUUCUUCCUUGAGUGAGCAGCUUCCCCUGCCUCUCAGCCUGCCAGAGGCCCCAGAGACAGCCAGCUCCCUGCCUGCUUUCUCUCCAAUCUGGCCCUCAUCUUCAGCAGCCUCCUCUGCCUUCCUGGAGACUGUGUGUGGGACUUUCUUUAUUGGGCUUUCCCCUGCU